UUUCAUGGGUUACUUAAAUAACCUAGAGUGUUUUGAUUUAUCAAUUUUCUUCAAGAAAAAAUGUUUGUUUGUUAAGUUUUGUGUAUAAAAAUAAUCUUUGAAGAGUUAACAUGUGCCCUAUGAUGUGGACUUAAAAUACUCAGGUAAUCCUGACACCCAACAUGUCCUACCUAAAAGUGCUUCAUUGCACUUUAUGCAUCAAACAAAGAGCCCUAAAACUAUCUAACAAAUCUGUGCUGUUAAAAAUUGGAAGUAAAACACCAAUACAGCAUCUGGUUAAUAUUUCAACAUCCUGCCACUUAAAUAGUAAUCUGCCAUUGACUUCCCAAACCACGACAACCAAGGCUAAAAGUAAAAAAGUACCUGAAGACACCAGAAUUUGGAAAGAAACUCCGACCCAAGAUGUAAAAAAUAAUUUAGUUCAAUACUGUAUGAUGCUGUCUAAGUUCAGACUGACAUCUCUAGUAGUGAUGACAUCAAUGGCGGGAUACGCACUUGCACCAGCGCCAUUUGACUUAACAACAUUUGCAAUAUGUUCAGUGGGCACAGGCCUUGUGAGCGCUGCUGCGAAUUCCAUCAACCAAUAUCACGAAAUGCCGUUUGAUGCACAAAUGUCUCGCACUAAGAAUAGGGUGCUAGUGAAAGGAUUAUUAGAACCAACUCACGCUAUAGGUUUUGCAGCAGCGACAACUGUAACUGGGCUCAGCAUGCUAUACUUUUGCGUGAACCCUUUGACUGCCGCGUUGGGCGCGGGCAACUUAAUACUAUACACCUCCAUAUACACACCAUUAAAGAGAUUAUCUAUAGUUAACACCUGGCUGGGAUCUAUCGUGGGCGCGAUCCCACCACUCAUGGGAUGGGCUGGCUGCGUGGGAGGUCUAGACGCGGGCGCGCUGGUUCUAAGCGCGUUGCUCUACAGCUGGCAGUUCCCGCACUUCAACGCACUUUCGUGGAACCUACGCCCCGACUACUCGCGCGCCGGCUACCGGAUGAUGGCCGUCACAGACCCCGCUCUAUGCAGGCGAGUGGCGCUGCGACAUACAGGGAUUAUAACAGCGACGUGUCUCGCCUCCCCCUACCUCGAGGUGACAAACAUGUGGUUUGCAGUUGAAUCACUACCACUGAAUAUUUAUUUUAUGUACUUAGCUUGGGAGUUCUAUAAGAAAUCGGACAGUGGCAGUUCAAGGAAACUCUUCAGAUUCUCUCUAAUACACUUGCCAGCGCUCAUGUUCCUAAUGCUAGUCAAUAAGAAGUACUGGACUUCGAGCGAUACUCAGGAGCAGAAGGACACAAAGCCCCAAGAUAUUAAGCAUCCGGAGACUAAGAGAAUUACAGUACUGCCCAGAGGACCCGUGGUCGCAGCCCAAGAAACUACGGUUCACAAAUAAUGCUACGAAAUAGUAGACAUUUUUUUUUAGUAUUCCUUUUUUUCUGUAAAUAAUGUACAAUUAAUUUUUUGUGAUGUUAUUUAUAGAGUUUGUGUAAGAUACAAAAUCAUGUUUAUUUAAAUUAUUAAGAAGUUAAGUUAUAUUUUUGAUGCUUAAUUAGAUAGAUGGAUGGAUAAACGAGUAAAUGAAAUAGACAAAUAAUAAAUCCUUAUUUUAUUUUGUU